AAGCGUUCGCCGCUGCCCCAGUCACAACGAGCUGCUUGCGUUGAGGACAGUUGUAAGCAACAGAGAAAUAGUAAACAGCUCGUCUAGCAGCUGCUGCAAUUACUUUACCGCACGGCUAGUAACGCUAUCCUUCACACAACUACCAUUCUUUCAAGAUGAAGAAAGGUAACUCGUCCGCCACUUCGGCCUUCAGCGGAAACAAAAAAAAGCUGGGGCUGCAGGGAGGGGAUAAGGAAAAGCUGAAGAAACUGUGGUCCACCACUGCGUCGAAAGACAAGUGGAGCAACGCCAACUGGUAUCACGACGCAAUUCUUUGCUGGCAGUUGAUUGACAUGUUAUUCCUGUCGAUCUCAUGCAAAAAUACGAAACAAAAACAAUUACUUACAAUGAAUAACAAGCACUAUCAGAAUCAGAAAGCGUUGUCUCGCUGAUUGCGCGUUGCAUACGUGGUAGCCUGCAAGUCUAGUAUGUAAGGUAGUAUGCAUAGUACAGUUUAGUGAGUUACUUAGUAUGAGCCAAAAAGCUCUUCCGGACAACCGGAAAUGUCCUUGUGGUGCAAUAGCUUUAACGAAGUAUUUCAUGAACAUUAACUUUAACAGGUACGGCGACGAGGAGGAAGAGUGGGAAUGGGACGAAGACUAUCCUCCUAGAAAAAAGUUCGUGGGUUGUAGGGUAACAAAUAUGUAUUGCAUAGGUCCAUUGUUCCUCCUCUCAAGCCGAAGUGUAUCGUCCCUCGUAGGAUUCACUAUUAUCAGAGAGAUUUGAAAUUGAUGGGGUUUGUUUCCUUGCUGUUGCGAAAGGCAAUUUUUUCAUGGAACGGCAUAAAACAAAAGAACUUUGACACUCGCAAAAACGGGCCUGCUUCAGGGAAGGUCUUAGAAGUUUAAUGCGACUUGGUUCCACCUUUUACACUAAACGAACUUUUGUUUUGGAUAAGUUCGACUAUGGCAGCUACUGGGACGACUGGGAAGACGGUAACAUGGAUCACCAAGCUGAGGAGGAGGUUGACGAGCAAAAAUACGAAGAUCAGAAGGACUACAACACCAGUGAAAACAAGCCGCGUGGUCUCCUGGGCGGUAAAACCAAUAAAAAACCGGCCGUGACAGUGAAAAAAGCUGACUCGUCGUCGAAGAAGCAAAAGGCCAUUUCCGGGUACAACCUGUACAUGAACGCCAAGAACGCCGGGGAGCUGGCCACGAAGAAGACGGCGAUUGUCGGGAAGCGAGAUAUGAAGUACCCCAAGAAGUCCACAACCAACUACGCGAAGUCCUCCAAAGAAGCCAACACGUCGAAUGUUGUCAGUGGUUCGUCCAAGAAGGCAGCAGGAGAAGCACCAGCACCGGCAGCAGAUGAACAACCUGUGGUCAAGAAGCACAAGUCGAGGAAGAUGGCGUUUGUGAAGCGGGGGAAGAUGUACAACAAGGCGCGGAAGGUCGAAGCGGAGAGUAUCGUCCUGAAGUCGGGCGUGGAAAUCCAGGCGUGCGCGGUGAAGGUCGGCGAUAAGUUGUGCGUGAAGGCGCCGGACGGCAAGACGAAGGAGCUGUGCGUGGAGUUGGCAACGGCGCAGCAGGAAACUUUGUGGAAAUACAAGCACGUGAUCAAGGACCCGAUCAAGCGUCUGCAACUGGCCGGCGACCCGGAUCUGAUCAAAAAGCAGGUCGUGCGUGUCUCGCCGGUCACCUGCUCCGAGCCCGGGGUCACCUUCAUCAACCGCGGGGACCGCAUCAGCCAGAAGAUCUGGUGCGCGAACUACAAGGACCUGCAGGGCCGUCGGCACAACAAGUGGUUCAACUGCAAGCACUACGUGGACCUGCGGGAUUCGGAGGAGGAACGCGCGGAGAAGGCGCAGAAACGAGCCAUGGCGGUGGCCGUGAACUUUAUCCGGGACCACCGGGAGAAGAUGGCUGCGGCCGGCCACGUGCAGAAGGAGUUGAAAGCGACUAACCGCAAGAGCGGCGUGCUGGGGGUCCGGUGGGCCGACUUUCAAAACGCCCCGCACCGCAAGGGCUGGGUCGCGAAUAUCUCCUGCAAGAGCUUCACCGGACCGGCCACCGCCGGCGGCGGCCGCCACGCCCGCCCCGUGACGCGGUCUUUCACGAUUGACGACCGAGAGUAUGAGGACGACCCGGAAGGGCUGGAGCUGGCGCUCGAAGAGUGCCGACAGAAGGCCAUCGCGCAGCGCAAGAACUGGGAGAAGGAAGUGUUCGUGUUCGAGGAAGCGGCGUACCCGAAGAUGGACCUGAAGAACCCCGACAACCCGAACAAAAAUAAGGGUGUUUCUAUCCACUGCACAAAUUUUAAACCGAUCUUCCCAUCAUCUUCAUAAAACAAAAACGGAUCCCGAUCUUAUCAAGCUUCACACCUAGGUAGAGGUAGUGGUGCACAUUAGGCAGCGCAGCGACGCGACCAAGAAACAAAGAAUUUUUCAAAAAAUCCUAAUGUUCGGGAGCUGAGCCGAGCAGCCCCGACCCCAGUAGAGCACGGACUGCUGGAGGCGCAGAAGGUCCCAUGCAUAUCACCCACGAACUUGCUCUAAGAAGGGAAAAAUACUCAGAGCAAAGCUUUGGCUUGGCUGGCGUGCAAACAAAAAAAUGCACUAUCUAAUGUGGCUGCUUUCAACAUGAAAUGCAAAAAACGACUGAUGGCAAAAUAUUCAGGGUUGUAGCGAUUUAAUGAAAGUCAGACCUUCAGCCCAAAGCCACACCAUCAUGAUGACACUUCAUUUCUUCACGGAAAAUUUUCAAUGGCAGCCAUACCGUCUUCUUUUUUUGUAAACAAUGAAAAUGGAAUUAUGUAUAUGUGCAAAUUGAAAUAAAAGUCAAGUGGCUGCGAAAGAAUAAGUCACGAAAGAAAGGGAGGGGAGGAAAGUUCCAUGACCGCAAAGGGCGAGCAAGCCUUUUCUUUUCGCGAGCAUUGCCAUUGCCAUCAAGUAGUGCAGCAGCAUGAAUCUGUAGGAAGAGGAGCGAAAUGAUAACGAGGAUGAGACGGUGUCAGCAGACAGAAUUGCGCGAGAAAUAAAAAGUGGAAUUAUGAAAAUGGUGAGGGAGAGGAUGAUGAUGGACCAUCCGCAAACGUGUGCAAAAGAUAACGAGGGACUACAAAUGGGGCCUGCGCAUGCGAGUUGGAAUAUUACCAAAAAGUCAGGAAGUAUGAAUGAUUCACAGUCCGAAAAAGAGAAAAGAGUUGCGUUGCUACAUUGCUGGCAGUAGCAACACGCUUUAGCUCUAGAGUCCACAAAAUUGCAAAGACUCGGCUGGUCGUUUUCCCGUCCUUUAGGAUAGAUAGGAGGUGUCAGGGGGCGAGGUAGUGUAAUAGGAGUGCCAAGGGGGAUGCAGGCAGGUCCACCGGGUAGGGGCUUGUCUUACUUUCCCUCUGGAAGCACUUUUUAGUAUGCACAAGGUAAGGCCUCACUACCGAUAACGACUUGCAUACGUUGGGACGACGUAGCGGCGAACCGAUGCAACGCUGUCAAUUGGCGACAGAACCUAUGCGCAGCUAAAAAGGUUUUCUUGCCACGGUGGUGUUGCUCACUCCGUACCGGGUCCCGUGCGAGCAACCGUAGCCAGCGGAGUGGAGAGGGAGACCACUGCUCAGACGUUGCUGGAGAAAUUUUGCAGCGAUUGGAUCCCGGGAUCGCACCCACAGAACUUGUCCCUGGACCUGUGAAGACCACGACGGCAGCGAACUCCGAUCAACAUCAACACAAUUCCGAUCUGGAGUUGCUUUUGUGAUCUUUAUAAGUUUAAGGCUACGCCUACGCCUAUGUUACAAAAAAAAAAAAGAAACUGAAACACGAGAAGUGUCGCUCUAUGAGGUACACGACAGGACUUCAUCGCCCGGCAGACGAAGUCCAAAAGAGAGAAUCUGCAAAGACGAAUGAUUUGGUUCUAUAUGUUCCUCUAGGCUUUUUACUUUUAGAUUUAGUCCAAGGUCGGUUCUGCAACAAGUAGAAGAACGCAUGGGAAGAUGCUUUUUUGCAUUUUAUAGUUCUGGCGGACCAGUUCUUGCCCCGCAGCGGUAAUGCGAUUCUGGACCAAGGCCAAGUGUCGAGCAGCUCGGGGGACAAGAAUGUGGGUCGUGUGCCGGCUCGGGCUCCCUUGGCGGAUUACACGGGCCGCUCGCCUCCGUCGCCCCAGAAGUUUUCCGCUUUUGGUCGCAAGAACAGCAGCGCAAAUGCCGCAACAUCUUCUUUGAAGAACAAGGCUACCCUACUCGCAAAGUACAAUGGCAACAUUGCGGUCAAGAAGAACGCGUUGCCGGGUAAACAAGAGCAGGCUUCUGCAACGACAUCGACCUCUGCCUCCAGUAGCUUCUACAAGACGAAUGGCAUGAAAAAUCAGAAACAGCGCUUCAGUCUUGGUUUGGACCUGGGAAACGAGGAAGACGAGGACGCAGAGGAAACCGAAGGAGACCUGGACGAGGACGAGGAGCAGGUGGUUAUCAGCAAGCCCGACAAAAAGCCGUUGAAACGCUUGACCGACGAAGAAAUGACGCGCGAACUUGAGAGCAUAAAGGAACAGCUGAAGCAGCUUAUGCAUCGCAUACAUGUAGAACUCUGGGUCGAAAAAGUGCGCGAUACUUGCGUUGUAUUAAAGUCAUAGACUGCUACUGCAUGAUGAACAAGUUGAUUGCAAUACCAACGACGAAUGUCGAAAAAGUACUUAAUCCUUUCGAGUGCAUGGGGCCCGUCUUGUAUCACUAAUCUUGGUGCUGACAUCAUUCGAUUUGAUUAUCACCAGCUGGCACUCGUUUUGUAGACCCAGAGGACCUAUUUGCGGUUGAUAAAUCUGCGACCCAAGUUGGGGGAUUUGUCGUACUGUACUUGCGGUGCGGCAACUCCGCAGAACCUGCUCUGCUACCCCUGCAAGAAGAUCCACUUCCAGGCGAUCACGAAAUUGGAGGCGCGUCGGGCCGUGCUGUCUACAAAGAGAAACACUCUCCGGCGAGCACGAGCAGCGAUGGCAGAGAUGGAGAAUAAGUAGGAUGAGUAAACUUCUUGAACAUCAGAAAAAAAGCUGCCGCGUUGUUUGUUACGAGAACAGCAAUUUUUUUUUUACUCCAAGACAAUAUAAGGAACAAUAAGUAGUGAUAGUGUCUGUGUGUGUGUGUGUUGCAGCAAGCUUGUAAUUGCAAGGAAUGAGGGUUUGAAGUUAUUCAAUAACGGGCUGGGGCUAUCGAAGCGGAAGAGCUCUCGUUUCUACUGCAGCAUGAGAUUCAAUAGAGAACGAAGAUUGCAAAGCGCACAAAAAUACGGGGUGACCAUUUCUAAGCUGCCAUUCCUGUGUCGCUUUUUCAUCCAAAAUUUCUACUUAGUUAUAUCAUUUGUAUCAUACAUCGGUUCUUCACUGCCACUCGCAAGGCUAGGGAAUAAAGUUUCAAUUGUAAUGUUUUCUAUCUCGUUAUCGUUUCCGUCGAAGUAAAAUCACAAAUUGUUCUCGUAUGUAAAAAAAACGCAAGUACACAAAUCUAAAGCUAUCAAUCUUGAUAAUCAAUCCACCCUCACGUAUAAAUCGUAAUACAAGUUUGAAAUUUAUGGAAUGUCCGUGCUCCUUGAUUGAUGUACCAUUCAACUGUAAAAAAAAACGAAAUCUUUUAUCUGUGUUUCGAUCUGCAAAAAAAAAAGUAGCGGCAAGCGGCAAUGGAGGGCGUUGUGACGAACAAUGUAGCAAGAACAUUUGCAACCUGUUGUUCUGGUAGCUCAACAAGCUUUCCGAGAUUCGUCUUGAUGAGGCUUUUGCUUAACUUUGCAAGUGCAUAGUACUUGCUCGU